GCAAUUAUAGAUAUUACACAUUGACAUGUGUUUGGUUUCUGAUUAAUUAACCUCUUGAAAGAAACAUUGCACAGAGCAAGCGAGUCUUUUUUAAUUCAGACCCAAGACAUGAACGUUACAUACACGAUUACUGCGCUAAAUCGAAGUAGUCUCUGCUCGGGAUAAGUCCCGUUCCAUCCGUUUCCUCACCACACGGUUUGCCAGAGCAGCAGGCAGCCCGGUGGCGGAGCGGAUUCCGUUUUCCUUCGCUUCACGCGGGAAUCUCGCUGCGCUUCUCAGAACCAUGUGGGCCCCGCAGCUCCACAAAGGGUUAUCCCCCCUUCAGUUGUGCAGGAUUAUGCGUCCAGAUGACGCCAACAUCAUGGGCAACGUCCACGGUGGCAUCAUUCUUAAAAUGAUCGAGGAAGCUGGAUGCAUCGUCAGCACCCGCCACUGCAACACACAGGAUGGGGACCGCUGUUUAGCCCUGCUGGUUCGGGUGGAAAAGACAGAAUUCCUGUCCCCCGUCUUCAUUGGUGAAGUCGUCCACAUUACUGCUGAGAUUACUUACACCUCCAAACACUCACUGGAGGUUCAGGUCAUCGUCAUGGCUGAGAACAUCCUUACAGGUGGUAAAAAGUUGGCCAGCAAAGCAGCGUUGUGGUACGUUCCAUGUUCCCUGCAGAACGUCAACAAGAUCAUGGAGGUGCCUUCUAUACAGUACGUGAGUGCAGAGCAGAAGGAGGAGGGCAGGAAGCGCUACGAAGCCCAGAAAAUUGAGAGGAUGGAGACCAAAGCAAGAGUCGAAGAAGUGAUGCCUCCUCUUCCAAAUUCAGAGGAUGCAACUAAAGAACCCCAUACAGUUGGCUUCAGCCAGUCCAGUCUGAUCCAUUUGGUGGGCCCUUUGGACUGCAUACUUCAUGACUAUGUCCAUGGAGGUGUGACCAUGAAGCUGAUGGAUGAGGUCGCUGGGAUUGUGGCCGCACGGCACUGCAACACUAACAUUGUCACUGCUUCGGUGGAUGCCAUUAACUUCCAUCGCAAGAUCAAAAAAGGUUGUGUGGUGACUGUGACAGGACGGCUCACCUUUGUCAGUAACAGGUCCAUGGAACUUGAAGUGUUGGUGGAUGCAGCUUCUCUAGUGGAGAAGGAGAUGAAGAAGUACCGUGCUGUCUCGGCGUUCUUCACCUUUAUCUCUUUGGAUAAGGACAAUAAGCCAUUGCCUGUUCCUCCUUUAAAGAUCAAAGGAGAGGAAGAGCAGAGGCGAUUCGAAGAAGGCAAUGCACGCUACCUCCAAGCCAAGGCAAAGAGAUUGGCAGACAACCGACAGUAGUGACACUACAACUAUAACGAAGGAAAAACCUGCAAUGAUGUUAUAUUGAUUCCACACCAUGGAUACGAUAGGAUGGAAUUAAAGACCCACUCCGAUCAUCUUUUGGGCUAUUAUAAAAGUGUUUACAGUGGUCUUCUAAUUAAGGACUAUACAGUUUUUAUCAAAAAAAAAAAAAAAAACCUGUGUCGAUUUCUAGGAUUUACUUUCUGCAGAGUGGCAGUAGUUCAUUGGAAAAAUUGCCUCUGAGUUGUAGGAGGGACUGUUGGUGCUGAGAAAUCCCUUUCCCUUCCUUUGCUGAGAGCUCUCCAACCUAACAUUACUGGUGCAACAAAAACGGCGCCCACAACUGGAGUUGUCCAGCCUUACAGUUUUGAGCUAGAUGCCAGAACGAGGAAAACGAAGGCUUGCAUGAAUGUAGUGGAGGCGUUAAAAUGGAGCAGAGCAAGAAGCUCAUAACCCACCCUGCGUAUUGUUAACGUCACAAAUACGUUCUUUUUCAAAAGCAUUUUUUUUUUUUGAUACACAA